AUGGGCGACCGGGGGGCUGAGCACGCUGCACCGACGGAGGUGGAGGAGAUCACCAGCAGAAUCUCUGAUCUGAGCAAAUGGAGAGAAAUUUUUAGUUUCCCUGGCUUGGAAAUCAACAGCACAGCUCAUCAGCCAGGACAGAGCAGUGCUGGCCAUGGACCAGCCGGAGCUGGGCAGUCCCCAGGGUCACAGCCCCCCUGCAGCAUCCCCCAGCCCCUCCUGCUCCCGCUGGGCGGCCGCCCCAUCUCCCUGGACACGGCAAUGAGGCUGCAGCAGCUGCUCUUCAGGAACACCACCCCCCUGUUUGGCUGGGAGUGGGCAGCAGCACACUUCAGCUUCCACCCACCACACUCCGACCUGGCCUACGCUCUGCAGGCAGGAAAGGGAGGAACGAGAGCCAUUCUGGCAGCUGUACAAGCACACAUCAUCACAUACCUGCUCUUCACAAGAGACACAGAAUUUACUCACCUGGAAAGGCUGUGCCGGGUCGGGCGCUGGGAGCAGAGGCAGGCACUGGCCACGGCCCUGGCAGGGACCCUGUGGGCAGCAGGAGGAGGUGGCAGAGCUGUCGUGUGCCUCAGCACUGCCCCUGUCACCACGGUGCCACGUGAGGGCUACGGAGCCAGCAGCUUCACAGACAGAAUCUGGCUGUUCGAGUUCUCAGAGAAAGCUGCCGCUCAGGGCUUCAUCUCUGAUCACAUCAACUGUUUCGAAAGCAAAGGAAGCCACGGAGUGAUCCUAUAUUUAUUCAGUUUGCUUUUCUCUAGGACACUUGAAAGGGUCCAAGAGGAUUUAGGUGACACAGCUCCUCUGUUGAAUGCCAGUUCUGGAAAUAUCACCUGUACAGAGGCCGUGCUCAGCCUGCUGCUGACAGGACGGGCGAGCCCGCGGGGGCUCGGCGGCCACCGGGAGCCCGAGCCCGGGACUGCCCAUGGGGAUGCGGGGGAGCCGGGACAGCGAGGGCCAGUGGGAUUCCUGCGCUGGGAACGGGCACCGAGGGAGCGGCAGGUGAGUGCAGGUGAGCCCCGGGCCAGCAGGACACACAGACGGCCGGCCCGGCUCAGCCCGGGUCCUGGCGAGUGUCCCCUCGCUCAGGUGAGCCCCGCGCUGCGCUCGCCCCGGUUGCCCGUGUGGCUGUGCAGCCUCUCGGGCAGGCACAGCGUGCUCUUCGGCACCGACAGCCGGCUGCUCUCCGACUGGAAAUCCGAGAGAAUCUUCCACCUGUACUUCUGCAGUGGGCAGCAGGAGCAGACCCGAACUGCCCACCUGACCGUAGACACUCAUUCGCAUCACUGGGAAGAGGCUCCAAGAGAAGAGCCCUGCAGCCCGGGGCGGAGGCGCCCAGCCCUGGAGAUGGCAAUCAGGACCAAGUGGGCAGGGGCCACGGUCAGCUGGAACGGGACAGACCCCUUCUUCUGA